AUGGGCAGGCUCGUCCGAGGAAGUACCACGGCCUCUCAGGAGAUCAUCGUGAGGCAGAACUAUCUUAUGCAGAACAGCCUCGCUCAAGGGAUGUUCCUCGCUGGGGGUCGCGGCGCUUACGCGGGUCCAGCUUUGCAGGGACCCUUGGCUUAUUUGGAGAAGACCGCUACCAAUAUAGGCCGCGGCGCUUCCCCCGAGUACGGCGGCAGUAUGACGCCCCCU